GGGGCAGAGAAGAGUUUGGCGCAAAGCCUGCUGGGGCAUGGAGUCCCGGUGAGCUUUGUGCGCAUGUGCGAGGAGGUGAGGGGCUGGGGGGGCCUCGCCUGGGAGAGUAAGGUGCUGCUGUUCCUGGGCUCGCGGGCCCCCAUGGAGGUCCUCUCCCCCCAGCCCGUGAAGCAGGAGGGCCCGGCCGCCGAGGGCCUGGCCCUGGACUCGCCGUGGCACCGGUUCCGCCACUUCCACCUGGGCGAUGCGCCGGGCCCCCGCGAGGCGCUGGGCCUGCUGCGCGCCCUGUGCCGGGACUGGCUGCAGCCCGAGGUGCGCACCAAGGAGCAGAUGCUGGAGCUGCUGGUGCUGGAGCAGUUCCUGAGCGCCUUCCCCGCCGACAUCCAGGCCUGGGUGUGCAGCCGGCGGCCCCAGAGCGGCGAGGAGGCCCUGGCCCUGCUGGAGGAGCUCUGGGGACCAGCGAUGAGGGCCCCUCGGGGUGCGACAGAAGUCUCCGGGGUCAGCCUCCAGAAGGAAGACAGUGGCAUGAUUCCUUUAGGAGAUGCAGUCGCAGGGGCUGAGGAGCCCGCUGCUGGGGACGCACAGGCCAUGCGCCCCUACAAGCAGGAGCCAGGCAGCCCCCCGCUGGCCCCGCCGUCCCUGCCCGCGCCCGACCUGCCCGCCUUCCUGUCUGCAGCGGGCACCGUGUCCUGCCCCGAAUGCGGCAAGACCUCCCUGAAGCCGGCGCACCUGCUGCGCCACCGGCAGAGCCACUCGGGCGAGAAGCCGCACGCCUGCCCCGAGUGCGGCAAGGCCUUCCGGCGCAAGGAGCACCUGCGGCGCCACCGCGGCACGCACCCCGGCAGCCCCGGGCCGGCCCUGCGCCCGCUGCCCGCCCGCGAGAAGCCGCACGCCUGCUGCGAGUGCGGCAAGACCUUCUACUGGCGCGAGCACCUGGUGCGCCACCGCAAGACGCACUCGGGCGCGCGGCCGUUCGCCUGCUGGGAGUGCGGCAAGGGCUUCGGGCGCCGCGAGCACGUGCUGCGCCACCAGCGCAUCCACGGCCGGGCCGCGAGCGCCGGCCCCGCGGCUGCGCCGGGCCCCGAGGGCGGGGGGCCCUUCCCGCCUUGGCCGUUGGGGUAG